UUAUGAGUUUGAAGUUUUGAAAAUUUGAAUCACUGGGUACAUGUGCUCAGCCAUAAAGGCACAUGCGCGUUUUUGCUACAUAGCAGGAACUUUUAAAAAAUGAGUGUUUCUGGGUGUAAGGCGGCGCCACUGGGUUGUACCAUAGCAACUCAUCCCGAUGUCGUCGUGAAAGCUUUCAACACUAUGAGCCAGUGAAGUGUAUCUGUCGGACAGUGGCGUGAAAAUGGCGGUGUAAAAUGGCAGGACGUAGAUCGACGUUGACAAAUGCCGAUUCCCUAUCGGGAUCUGGAAACACAGAUCCUUUGAGGGAACUUUUUGAAGCAUGUAAAACUGGAGACCUUGCGAGGGUAAAGGCGUUGGUUACACCGAAGACGGUCAAUGCUCGAGACACUGCCGGACGCAAGUCCACCCCCCUGCAUUUUGCAGCUGGUUACGGUAGAAGAGACGUAGUAGAAUUUUUGUUAUCUGCUGGAGCAUCUAUUCAAGCACGUGACGAUGGAGGUUUACAUCCUUUGCACAAUGCUUGUUCUUUCGGACAUUCUGAUGUUGUGAGACUCCUUUUAGAAGCAGGAGCUAAUCCAAAUACUAGAGACAACUGGAAUUAUACCCCUCUGCAUGAAGCUGCAAUUAAAGGUAAAAUUGAUGUGUGUAUUGCUUUGCUACAACAUGGCGCAGAUGCAAAUAUCAGAAAUACAGAAGGAAAAACUGCAUUAGAACUAGCAGAUCCUGCAACUAAGCCAGUAUUAACAGGAGAAUAUAAAAAGGAUGAAUUAUUAGAAGCAGCAAGAUCAGGAAAUGAAGAACGUCUUUUACAACUUUUGAAUCCCUUAAAUGUCAAUUGCCAUGCAAGUGAUGGCAGAAGAUCUACCCCUUUGCAUUUAGCUGCUGGAUAUAAUCGAUCUAGAGUGGUGCAAAUUUUGCUGCAGAAUGGUGCAGAUGUGCACGCAAAAGAUAAAGGAGGUCUGGUUCCACUUCACAAUGCCUGUUCAUAUGGUCACUUUGAAGUAACUGAAGCGCUUCUUAAACACGGUGCAGCGGUUAAUGCCAGUGAUUUAUGGGCAUUCACUCCAUUACACGAAGCUGCUAGUAAAUCUAGAGCUGAGGUGUGUUCGUUACUGCUAAGCGAGGGUGCGGAUCCGACUCAAUUAAACUGUCACAGUAAAAGCGCCAUCGACGUAGCCCCUACAUUGGAAUUACAAGAAAGAUUGGCAUACGAAUACAAGGGACACUGCCUCUUGGAUGCCUGCAGGCAGGCAGAUCUUACUAAAUUAAAAAAGUACCUAUCCCAAGAAGUUGUAAAUUUUAAACACCCAUAUACUGGGGAUACACCACUGCACUGUGCCGUUGCAUCUCCUUAUCCCAAGAGAAAACAAGUAAUAGAAUCUUUGAUUAGGAAAAAUGCUGCCUUAAAUGAGAAAAAUAAAGACUUUCUUACACCUCUUCAUGUUGCUACCGAUCAUUCUCAUUAUGAUGCAAUGGAUGUGCUACUUAGACAUAAUGCAAAAGUCAAUGCUUUAGAUGGAUUAGGGCAAACUGCACUACACAGGUGUGUUAGAGAAGACAAUGUGCAAGCUUGCAGAAUAUUGUUAUCGUACAAUGUUGAUCCAUCUAUAGUAUCGCUUCAGGGCUAUACUGCAGCACAAGUAGCUGCAGAAAAUGUCCUUAAAAUAUUGCAAGAUCCACCAAGCGCGACGGACGACGCGGAAGCACAGCUGUUAGAGGCAAGUAAGUCGGGCGAUUUGGCGGCAGUCGAAAGAAUUUUACAAACGAAUCCACACGCUGUAAAUUGUCGUGACUUAGAUGGUCGGCACUCCACGCCGCUGCAUUUCGCAGCGGGAUUUAAUAGAGUGCCUGUAGUGGAAUAUUUAUUGGCACAUGGAGCAGAUGUACACGCCAAAGAUAAAGGUGGACUUGUUCCCUUACACAAUGCCUGCUCUUAUGGUCAUUAUGAAGUAACGGAAUUAUUAGUAAAACAUGGUGCAUCGGUAAAUGUCGCGGAUUUGUGGAAAUUCACCCCACUGCACGAAGCAGCUGCUAAAGGAAAAUAUGAAAUUGUUCGUUUAUUAUUAAGACACGGUGCAGAUGCUACCAAAAAGAACAGAGACGGAGCAACACCUUUGGAUCUAGUGAGAGACGGUGAUCAAGAUGUAGCUGACUUAUUACGAGGAAACAGUGCACUUUUAGAUGCAGCAAAGAAAGGAAAUUUGGCGAGAGUACAACGACUCGUUACACAGGACAAUAUUAAUUGUAGAGAUGCGCAAGGUCGUAACAGUACUCCAUUGCAUUUAGCUGCGGGAUACAAUAAUUUGGAAGUGGCAGAAUUCUUGCUUGAACGUGGGGCAGAUGUGAAUGCUCAAGAUAAAGGAGGAUUGAUACCUUUGCACAACGCUUCAAGCUACGGUCAUUUAGAUAUCGCUGCAUUACUCAUUAAAUACAAUACUGUAGUCAACGCUACUGACAAAUGGGGCUUUACACCACUUCACGAGGCAGCGCAGAAAGGGAGAACGCAGUUGUGUGCUCUUUUAUUAGCACAUGGUGCAGACCCCUUUUCCAAAAAUCAAGAGGGACAGACUCCUUUGGAUUUAGCUAGCGCUGACGAUGUGAGGUGCUUAUUGCAAGAUGCUAUGGCUUCGCAGCAAGUAGUACCAUCAAUACCGUCUGGUAAUAGUGGCGUUGGAGUUGCCAUUAAUAUGAAUAGUAAUAAUAAUAACACUAUUAAUAGUAGACCACCAAGUAUCGUUGCGGUUCCAGUUACUCCAUCUCCACCGCUCACUCAAGAAACUGUUAUUAUGCCUUCUGGCACAGCCAUGACUUUAUGCGUACCACUUGCAAGACCGUCUUCUUGUUUGAGCCCAAUGCCACCAUCAGAAACGUGCUCUGAAAGGGAUUCUAAGGAUUCUAAAGACAAUUCGAUCAUUACAACUGUGGCUGGUUUUUUACAAAGUCUUGGUUUAGAACAUUUAUUAGAAUUGUUUGAACGUGAACAGAUUACAUUGGACAUAUUAGCAGAAAUGGGUCAUGAGGAUUUGAAACAAGUUGGAGUAUCUGCGUAUGGUUAUAGGCACAAAUUAAUCAAAGGGAUGGAAAAACUUUUAAACACAACUGCUGGUACGCCUUGGCAACCAACUAUUACACCCGGAACACUAUUGGUAGACUUAUUAGCGGAAGAUAAAGAAUUCUUGGCUGUCGAAGAAGAAAUGCAAAGUACCAUUAGACAGCACAGAGAUAAUGGUCAUUCUGGGGGUAUAUUUUCUCGAUAUAACAUAGUUAGGAUACAAAAGGUACAGAACCGAAAAUUAUGGGAACGUUAUGCGCAUAGAAGGCAAGAAGUUGCGGAAGAAGUUGGUGCGGCAGCACCUUCCUCACCGAGUACUGGUGCCAGAACUACUCCUGGAUCGAGUUUACCACAAGCAAACGAAAGAAUGUUAUUCCAUGGUAGUCCAUUUAUCAAUGCUAUCGUUCAGAAAGGUUUUGACGAACGACAUGCGUAUAUUGGUGGUAUGUUUGGCGCUGGAAUUUAUUUUGCUGAACAUAGUAGCAAAAGUAAUCAAUACGUAUAUGGCAUAUGCGGGGGUACUGGAUGUCCAGCUCAUAAAGACCGAAGUUGUUAUAUCUGCCACAGACAUUUAUUACUUUGUCGUGUUACAUUGGGAAAGUCGUUUUUACAAUUUUCUGCGAUGAAGAUGGCUCAUGCACCACCAGGACACCACAGUGUGAUGGGUAGACCAUCGCAAGGUGGUUUAGCAUUCCCUGAAUAUGUAGUCUAUAGAGGCGAACAAGCAUAUCCAGAAUAUCUCAUUACAUACCAAAUUGCAAGACCUCAACAAGAAAGCGGAGAAAACGAAAGCGUCGAGGAACGGUGAUCAGAAGAGUCCAGCCCAGCGGCGAGAUUGCGAAGUCUUUGUUGCUGCCAGAGACCUAGAACGUGUAACACUCUGUCUUAAAUCUAGUUGGAACAAAUCAUGAUUUCCUUUGGAAUCAAUUCUUCCAUUUUUUAUCUUCUUUAGCCGAGGUAGAAAAGUCAUGAGUGAGUGUACGAUGCAGGUGAUUUAUAAGUGAAUUUUGUCGAUGUAUUUAUCGAACCUAUUCAUUCAAAUCUGAAAGGAGACAAUUAAUAGGACAUUUAAUUUUUAGCAUUUAUUUUGUGAUAAUAUACUGGUCUGAUUCGACCACGCAAUCGUAUACAUGCCUGAUUAUUAGUGUAUAUUGACUGCAGUGUAUAUAUAUCAGUAUGAAUUAGAAUUAAUCGAACACCAGCAUGAUUUUUUAUGUAAAUUUAUAUGUCGAUACACAUAUUGACAUGUACAUUUAUCUUUGUUAAUAAUUAAGAAAUUUCAAUUCUCACGCCUAAGUACCGAUUGAUUAUGGUGUGAUUGGAAUAUCUUAAAAAGAUUAAGUAUAUGCGUUUAAGAAAAACAUAAAAUUUCUACGUAUUAAUUUAAAAGUAAACAAUUGUGCUGGUUAAAACAACUGUUUCGAUUACGUACGUUAUAGGUAAAGUCCGCGGGUAAACGUUUAAUUUGUAAAUAGUUAGAAAUAUAAAUCUUUGUAAUGUAAUCAUGAGCACAAUUCACGCGAUCAAAUCAUUAGGAAGGAUUAUAAAAAAUCGUAUUUUCUUAAACUUCGAGACGAACUAAUUGAAUCAACUGUGAUUACGUUUACGAUAGAUUAUGUGAAAUUAUUGAUACAACGAAAGGUAUUAUUAUUUAGUAUUCGUAUCAUUCGCACAGAAUCUCCGUUUCAUCAUGCAAGACAAAUUAAUGAAGGUACACUUUAAUUAGAUUCUGGGCUUUACCUUUAACAUGUAUAUACAUACGCGAGUAUUUUAUAUAUAUUCGGUUGAUAUUUCGAACAUGGAAUAAGAUUGAUUCACAUUGUCAACAUUAUCAACAGGGUUCCUAUAAGCUCGUAGUAAUUUUGAAUACUGUACAUAAAUAUACAUUGUAUUGUACGUAAAUUUUUCCUUUUCAACGAAACACACCAAUCACUCAUUCAGGUUUCUUUUGGAGACUUCAGAUGAUCAAUAUAUGUAUUGUCAAUAUUUUAGGAUUUUCAAUAUGCAAUAACAAUAUUGAAAUAUUGGCAAUGUGUACAAGUUGUGGAUCGAAGAUUUGACACUUCAAAAAUUUAUGGCCAGUGCCUAUUGACAGUACUGAAAUACCGACAAUGUAUAUUAAUCGUCUUAGGCCUCCAAUGCGUUUAUGCGAACAUAGUUUGGUUUCUCUCAGGUGAUAAAGAAAUGCGUGUUGCACUUUUUAUUCAAUUUUAAUUAAAUACCAUCUGUUACAACGAAGUCACUUUCCUUUUUCUUGUGCGUCUAUAGUAAUAUAAACAUUUAAACAGCAAGAAAAACAGUAAGGUAUUUGAAUGCGAAACAAAAUUAUAAUUUUUUCGUUUGUGUACAACUUUGAACGAUGGAUGAUGAUAUUGUAUAAACGAAAAAAUAUUCUUAGCAUUAUUAUUUAUUGGAAUCGCUAAAGUGAUCUCUUUAAAUAAUAGAAAUAAUCAUGCUUCGAUUAAUUUCUUAUAAUAAAUGAAAGACAAAAAAGAAGAAACAUCCGAAUAUGCGGUUGUACGAGUGUGAAAUACAAGAGAAAUUCUUUUUCUUUUCAUGGAAUCUUGACACACACUCUUGGUUAUUAUUUAGGUGACGGUUUUAUUUAUGGGUGUAUAGAUGAAAUAUGUGUUCGUUUAAUAAGUGCUCAAGGCGAUGCAACAAAUCCAUGUUUGUUAAUUCUGUAUUCUUACAUGAAGAUACAGAAUAACCGAGUAUUGUAAACCAACAUACAACAAAUUUCUGUCCUUGUAUUUACUGUAUUCAGCAGUCGACGAGCGUAUUUAAAUUUCGUAUGCUUUGACUGUAAGAAGAUAGACUGAUUCUAAGAAGAAAAAAAACAUUUUACCGUUACGUCCAAUUUUAUACUUUUUUUUUCGUUUCUUUGCCUAACGACUGACUACUCAUGAGAAGAAGUAUUUAUUUCAAUAAACGAAGGCAACGUCAAAAGAAAAGAAAAAUUGAAUUAAUGUUGUCCUUCGUGUAAUCAUUUUUUUACAUUUUGUAUCAUAGUUUGAGGUGUAUCAAGUUUUCAUUUGUAAUCUUUCGCUCAGUAUGACAAUAGACUUAACGAAGCACACUACCGUAUAAUAGAACUUUUACAUUGAAGAAAUGUGGCAGGGUAUUAUGUUACCAAGAGAACUCGUUUAUACCUGCGUUUACCUAUACGUGAGACAAUGACGAAGAAAUAAACGAGUCUGUUUUAUUUCUGUACUGUACUGUCGUUAAAUAAUUCAUACAUGCUUUAACUGUGUGUUACGGAUAAUGCUACUUUAUCAGAGCAAGAUAAGAAUUUGGUGUGAAUAGGUAGGCAUCAGGGUGGAUCUGGUCCCCCCAAAAUAUGGAUGCAAGAUAUUUCCUCAUAAAAGAAAUUUUCAAAAUUCUAAACUCCUAAAUAUUACUUGACCACGUAUGAUGUG